AUGCUUCAGCAUACCCUAGAAAGCAACAAAGCGCUGGCUCAGACAUAUAUGGAAGAGGCUGAUUUGAUUUAUAUGGGACUUGGGGAAGACGAUCGGAGAGAAAUUGAUGACAAGCUCCACAUAGAAAAGCGCCUGUUGCCACACACCGACACUUCUCGAGCACCAGGUUUCAACGAAGAGCAAUUACAGAGCGAGGAAGAUCGACUCAUCCUUGAGCAGAAGAUUCUCAAUGCAAAGAGGCAACACUUGAGGACCCAACAAGAUGACCAGGUGCCAGGUAGCCAAAGCCCUAGCGACUUCAAGAUUAUUGCUAGGCCGCAUAUGCUCGAAGGCAAGAAGAUGACCAUUUCCUUCCAGGAUGUUCGCAAUCCGUCGGAAAAACGGGAGAUGAGCUAUCAGCUUAACACCUCAGAGGAUGUGGUAAAGGGGCCCGAAAUCUUUGACGGUUAUCAGAUUGAGCCACAGGGAUCUGGAAAGGAAAUGAAGGCGGUCAAAAUCAACCAGGAUACGUUUUCAGAUACGAGAGAACAGAGGUAUAGUGGAGUUGAGGACUCGAUCCAGGACGGACCGUUGGAGAAACUCAACAAAGCCAGAAGGAUUCUUUGCCUUCUUGAAGGGGAGCUGGAGCUGGAGCUGGUAAAGGCUACCGAGAACAGCUCAUCGGGAAAGGGAGACGAAGCUGCGAACCAACGAAAAUUUCUGCGCACUGCUAUUGAGGACCAGAGGAAAGAAAUCCAGACGAUAGAGCAACAAAUCAAGGCAGAGCAGCCAGUUCAUCUUACAAGGAACGACCCAUCCGCAUCCACAUCUACUAAGCCUGAUGAAGCUGCUCCUCGCAGCGAACAUGACAGAACCACAUCAAAAAACGAUGACGUCCCGACAUCGAAAGAAGUAAAAAAGAAGCAGGAGCGUCGGUCCACUCGUAGUGAGCCCAGAGGUCGAAGCCAAACCCCGGAAAGCGAUGCAACUGGAUCCAGCGCGGAGGAUGUGGAGGGCGACGACAACUCUGUCUAA